AUGAAAAAUACGAAAACGCAAAACUCGAGUGUGCACAUAUCGGAUCAUCACGACCAUGACGAUCUAGUGAAUAUUACUGAAGAUGAUGCCAUAGAUCAUCAACACAUUUCGGCAUCAACCAUCAAAGAUGACCAUCCAUCUAGUUUGGCUGAUUCCAUCGACAGUCAACUUUCCUGCUAUUUUGUUCCUCUGAUAGAGAAAUUACAGAAUGAAAUCGUAGAGUCAAAGGCUAAAAUUUGUACAAUUAUUGAUGGAUAUGAAAACAAGAUUGCUCAACUGAAAUCGAGUAUUACUACUACUACCUCAUUUCCAUCUCCUUCAUUAUCGGAACCACACAACACAACAUCAACACCACAUUCGGAAGGGUCAUCCUACUUUCUAACUUUACGAAAGUCUAUGGAAUUUCAUCAAGAACAACUAACGAGAUCUAGAUUGGAAAAAGAAAAACAAGCACUUCAAACCCAAUUGAAAGACAUGGAAAAGAGCAUGGACAAAAUUCAAUUUUCAAAUACGCAAUAUCAGCGAAAUUUGAAAAAUAUUGAAAGGGAAAAAGCAGAAUUAGAAAAACAAAUUAUCUCGUUAGAGAAAAUCAUUCACCAAAACAAUGAAAAGUAUCAAAAGCUGUUAGUACAAACAAGAAAAGAGAAAGAAAAGUUAUUAGCUGAUAACAGAGAGGAAAUACAAACUCUUGAAAAUAAUUAUCAAGAAGAAAUUCGGCAACUAAGACAAGCCAUCAAAAAAGAACAAGAAAAAACAUUAUCCUUUAAGAUUAAAUUUGAAGAUGCAGAAAAACAGCUUUCUUUCCUUCAGCAUGAAACCAAAUUGAAAAUUCAAGGAUUGGAAUCUGAGAAUAGAAGACUUCAAUCAGAUCUUAAAACUGCAAAGCAAAUGGAUGAUACCAAUAAGCCAUCGUUAUCAACAGCCAAGUCUUCAAGCUAUUCGAAUCUUUACUCGAGUGUAGAUAGACUGGAAAGCCCAAGAUAUUAUGGUCGAUAUAACUCGAAUGUAUAUUAUUAA